GAUCACAAGACUGUACACGUCGCUGUUAAUUACUCCCUACGACAUUUGGCUGAAUACACAUCAUUGUCGGCUUUAUAUGGCCUACACGACACCAUAACCCUUCAAACGUGAUGGCUGAAGGAGGAUCUUCUCAUGAAGUUUCUGACACCUCCAGACCUGAGUUUGAUUCCUACUUGUUGGAUUGCCCAAUCUGUCUGGAACAGCUACACCAACCCAAGUCGCUCCCUUGUCUCCAUUCCUUCUGCCAGGAAUGUCUGUCCACCUUCAUCACCAAGGACCUGUCGGGAAAUAUGGCGUCGGCGACUGCCUUUCCAUGUCCAGUUUGUAGGAAGAUGACCCAUCCGGUCAAUGCGGCUGAGAACAAAGAUAAAUGGGCUCAACAGUUUCCAACAAAUAAGUUGGUUAAAGACCAAGUAAAGGACGUCACAGCACGUGAGCUGACGUUCUGUAAGCCUUGUGAAAAAAAAGGAAACACGAAGACACCUGCAACAAUCUGGUGUAAAACAUGUAAUGUCCUGUUCUGUGACACCUGUAAACUUGAAUAUCACGAUUUGAUUCAUGAAGGAUGUGAAACAGUAGAUGUAACUGGGAAAGGUGGUAUGGUACAACGACAAGUAACAAAACAGGUCAGAUGUGAGAAACAUACAGAGAAGAUGGAUUACUAUUGUGAAGAUCACCAGAUACUUGGCUGUAGUAGAUGUAUCACGAUAGACCACAGACGAUGUGAAGUAGUGACAACGACACAGGAAUAUUGUGAUAAACUGAAGAAGGAAUCACGACUGGAUGACUUGAAGACAUCACUGAAGAAAACAACAGAAGCCAUUGAGUUAUUGAUCAAAGAGUUUGGUGAGCAACUUCAGACACUUUUAGAAGACCAAGACACCGGAUUGAAAAGUUUAGCAGAUCUACGUCAAAGAAUCGACACACGUCUUGACGCCAUGCAGAAAAAUAGCACAGAUGAGCUGAUAGCAACGUACAAAGAGGAAAAAGAUAAUCUGGAGAUGUCUAUGCAGAAAUGUGAACGACUGAUGUUUUCGAUUCAAAACACAAUAGAAUCCUCUGGAACGGCGAUUCAGAAAAAUGACACCGUGGACACGAUCUUGUUGUUUCAGAGAGGUCAGGCGGAGGUAAAGUCUUACGAGGACCUUAUCACAGAAAUGAGGAAGAAGUUCACCACAGUCAGAAUCAAACACAGCGUCGACCCGAAUCUCCUAACGUUAGAUAAGGACAUUCCAUUGUCUAUGGGCAAAAUCAAAAUAGAGAAGAAUUUAAAUAGUCUUUCUGGUCCUAAGUCUCCAUUGUCGAAAUGUGGCGUAACCGAGGUGAGCAAGUUCUGCAUCAAGUGUCCAUCAGAUGUCUUAAAUUGUCAUGCACCUGGUGUCGUUUACUUACCGGAUGAUCAUAUUGUUGUAGGAGACUAUAACAACAAAAAGAUCAAAUUGUUUACAGUUUCAGGGAAAUGUGAAGAUGUGAUGAAGGUUUCAGGAAAACCGCACGACAUGUGUCUUUUGGAUGAUAACACCGUAGCGGUCGCUAACUAUGAUGCGUCUGUCAUAUACGUCAUCAAAGUCGAGUCCUCAAAAUUAAGUCUUAUGUCAGAAAUAAAACUCUCACAGAAUAUCACUCCCUGGGGUAUCACUACUACAGGUGACGGGUUCACUGUGAGUUCUAAGGGGGACUUGUACAAUGUCCAACAGAAUGGAAAUACGCAACAUAUACAAACUUGCUCUUCUCAAUGCUACCAUCUUGUGUCCGAUCCAAGAACUCGACACUUGUAUGGCAGCCAGCCCACAUCCACGAGUGGCAGAGUAGCGGUAUUCAGACUUUCAGACGGCACUCGUACAGACAUGGCGACAGUUGGUGUCCUGAAGGAAGCGUUUGGAGUAGACGUCGACGGCGAAGGCAAUGUGUACGUGUGUGGGCGGGAGUCUAACAACGUGGUACAAAUGUCGGAGGAAGGGGCCCACGUCAGAGAGCUGCUGACGUCAUCAGACGGUGUAGUCAGCCCGAGGGCAAUGUCUGUCUGUGGGAACAAAUUUGUAGUCACAAACCAAUCAAUAGGGAAUCAAAAUAAUGUACACGUGUUUCAACUUUCCUAAUCUGUGAAAUUUAACUUUGUAUGUACUGAUGAAUUCGACAUCGACAUUUUCCUGCUUGUAGAAUGAUUUUGAGUGACAACAUUAUGUCCUUUAUCGAUAUAAUUUAGUAUGAUAAUGUUAGUAAUAUUAUUGCGAUAUAUCAAAUACCCAAAUAACACUGAUAUAUAUAUAUAUAUAUAUAUAUAUAUAUAUAUUCUAAAAGUUGUUUAUAAGGAUGGAAAUUAUUAACACUGAAAACGGUCUAUUGACUUGAAACAUAUAUACGUAUCCGAUCUGCCUGAUGAUCAACGCAUAGAGAUAUUACGACGGCAGGCGUUCUGAAGUAAGCGCUACAUAUAUCUGUGAGGUGUUGUUUUACAAAACCAUCUUAAUUUAAAAUGACGAAGAUGAACCUAAGAGACCAAGAGCUGUUGACCUGUACUUACAUUGUAUUAUUCAUUACCUCUGUAUACAAUAGUUGUCGUCAACUUCUAUGAAUUGUUAUAUUUGCCUAUAACGUAUAUAUAUCGCGCCAUGAUCGCAUCUGAAAACCAAACCCCGGAUUUGUUUUAGCAGUCAUUGCGAGCUUAUACCUUCCUGUGGUCAAAACAUUAACAUUGAAGCAGGCUCUUAGUAAUAUAGUUUUUAAAGCUUAAUGACCAAGAGAGAUAGGAGUAUGUAAAGUUAAUGCAGACGCAUUUAUGUCCAGAAAAAGAAGCCGGAUACUGAAACGACUUGAUGACUGGAACCAUUUUGAACAGAAAAUGCAAAUUUUCUCUCUUUUUCGCGAGGAACACUGAUUGACGUAAAGGCUAUCCAGAUGAGUGGUGGCUAUACACGUAUCUGGUGCUAUACAAGGAGCUUAUUUUCUGAAUCAUUACUGAAUGAAAACCAAUUGGCCAGAAUCGCAAAGCGUGAUGUCAGACUUGCUCAGUUUAAUCCAGCUUUUUUUUUUUUUAUCUCGUUUGUUAUGAUUUGGGAUCUGAAUAUUUAGAUAUACAGGAAAUGGGACAUCAUCACUCAUUAUGUCAUUGUCGACAGGCUGGAUCCGGUAGCGUGCGUUUCUAUCGAGUCAUAAGCCGGUGCACUGUGUAGUAUAUCAUGCAUGGAUGAUAAAUGAAUGAUCCGUAUUUACAUUAAUAUUACACCAUAAUAGAUUGCAAGGAAUUAUGAACUUUCUGCAAAAGCAUUAGUUAUAGUUGACUUGCAUUUAAUUAGUUGAUAAUUCCUUUAGGUAGGAUUAACAAGAUGAUGAACAAAUUAAUCAAGUACAUUAUAUCAACAUUGAAGAGUUGAAAAUCAACUGUUAAUAAAUCUAAUCAACCCCUUCAUUAUAUAUUUGUAAGUACCUGUAUAUAUGGUCAAAGUUGUAAUACUGAUGAAGUCAGUUUAAAGUUUACAAUUUUGUCACAAAUAUACGACAGGACAUUCAUUGUCUUUAAACGAAAAGUGAAAUAAAAUUUUAGUGACUGUCAAUGUGUUAUUUUGUCAUGCUCCUCGAACAAAUGUGUGUGUGUGUUAGGGAGGGGAGGGGAUCAUGCAUCACUAUUGGGUUCGCACGUCCAAGGUCAAUGUCAAAAUGAGUAUAGAGGUCGAGUUCAUUGUCUGAAAGAUAUCUUCUGACUUCUGGCCUGGUCCGUAUGCCAGGUCAAUGUCACAUGAAAGUAAAAGUUAAAAUUCAUCGUCUGAACAUAGUGUCAGAUUCCCUGAAAAAGUCUCAAUGGAAAUUAAGGGAUAUAUUUAGGGUGGAAAGGCUGUGAGUCCUGUACCGCUGGGUUUGUACACAAAAGGUCAAGGUCAUAUUGCAGUCAUUGUCUGGGCCAUAACUUCUGACUCCCUAAAGAUUGAAGGUUUUACUGAUUUCCUUGUUUCA